AUGAGGAGACUGAGUUUGUGGUGGCUUCUAAGCAGGAUCUGUCUGCUGCUGCUGCCGCCCUGUGCGCUUGUCCUGGCCAGGGUCCCCGGCUCCUCAUCCCACCCGCAACCCUGCCAGAUCCUCAAGCGCAUCGGGCACACAGUGCGGAUCGGGGCAGUCCACCUGCAACCCUGGACUACAGCCACCCGCACCACCACCAGCAGUGGACAAGGCUGGAGAGGAGCAAGGGGGCAACGUAAUGACAUCUACCCUGGGGGCGCCACGGCGCCUGCUCCAAGCCGCUGGAUUGGGAGCGCCCUGCACAGCAGAGGGGCUGGGCUGCCGGGAGGCGCGGGCGAGUCAACACUCUUUCCGCGGGAUGCUCUGCUCUUCGCUGUGGAGAACCUGAACCGCAUGUCGGGACUGUUGCCUUACAACCUGUCCCUGGAAGUGGUGAUGGCGAUUGAGGCAGGACUCGGGGACCUCCCUCUCCUGCCCUUUUCCUCCCCGAGCUCAGCCUGGAGCAGUGACCCCGUCUCAUUCCUGCAGAGCGUGUGCCACACCGUGGUGGUACAAGGGGUGUCAGCGUUGCUUGCCUUCCCCCAAAGCCAGGGGGAGAUGCUCGAGCUCGAGUUCAUCAGCUCGGUCUUGCACAUCCCAGUAAUCAGUAUAGUGCGCUACGAAUUUCCGCGGAAGAGUCAGAAUCCCCUUCACCUACAGCUGAGUUUAGAAAAUUCAUUAAGUUCUGAUGCUGAUGUCACUGUCUCAAUCCUGACCAUGAACAACUGGUACAAUUUCAGCUUGCUGCUAUGCCAGGAAGAUUGGAACAUCACAGACUUCCUCUUCCUCACCCAGCAGAGUGCCAAGUUCCACCUGGGAUCCAUUAUCAAUAUCACAGCCAAUCUCUCCUCGAGGCAAGAUCUACUGAGCUUCUUGCAAGUCCAGCUUGAGAUCAUUAAGGACACCACACCCACUAUGGUGAUGUUUGGCUGUGACAUGGAAAGCAUCCGGAGGAUUUUUGAAAUCACCACCCAGUUUGGAGGGAUGCCUCUGGAGCUCCACUGGGUACUUGGGGAUUCCCAGAAUGUGGAGGAACUGAGGACAGAAGGUCUGCCUCUGGGCCUCAUUGCUCAUGGCAAGACCACCCAGUCCAUCUUUGAACAUUAUGUGCAGGAUGCAAUGGAACUGGUAGCAAGGGCCAUUGCCACAGCCACCAUGGUCCAGCCAGAACUUGCACUCAUUCCCAGUACCAUGAACUGCAUGGAUGAGGGAGUCACCAAUCUCACUUCAGGGCAGUAUUUAUCAAGGUUUCUAGCCAACACUACUUUCAGGGGCCUCAGUGGUUCCAUCAAGGUGAAAGAAACCACCGUCCUAAGCUCUGAAAAUAACUUUUUCAUCUGGAAUCUACAACAUGACCCAGUAGGGAAGCCAAUGUGGACCCGCUUAGGCAGCUGGCAGGGAGGGAAGAUUGUCAUGGACUAUGGGAUAUGGCCAGAACAAGCCCAAAGACACAGAACCAACUUUCAACACCCAGCCCGGCUACAUCUGAGAGUGGUCACCCUGAUCGAGCAUCCAUUUGUCUUCACACGUCAGGUGGAUGAUGAUGGUCUGUGCCCUGCUGGUCAGCUCUGCCUGGACCCACUGACAAACAACUCCUCCAUAUUGGAUGAUCUUUUUGACAGCCUCCAGAGCGAUAAUGAUACAGUGCCCAUUAAGUAUAAGAAGUGUUGCUAUGGCUACUGCAUUGAUCUUCUGGAAAAGCUGGCAGAGGACCUGAACUUUGAUUUUGAUCUCUACAUUGUUGGAGAUGGGAAGUACGGAGCCUGGAAAAAUGGCCACUGGACUGGGCUAGUCGGGGACCUCUUGAGUGGGACAGCCCAUAUGGCAGUCACUUCCUUUAGUAUAAACACCGCUCGCAGCCAGGUGAUUGACUUCACUAGCCCCUUCUUCUCCACCAGCUUGGGAAUCUUAGUGAGAACCCGAGACACGGCAGCUCCUAUUGGAGCCUUCAUGUGGCCACUGCACUGGACAAUGUGGCUGGGGAUAUUUGUGGCCCUCCACAUUACCGCCGUAUUCCUCACUCUAUAUGAAUGGAAAAGUCCCUUUGGAAUGACUCCCAAAGGGCGGAAUAGGAGUAAAGUCUUCUCCUUCUCUUCAGCCUUGAAUGUCUGUUAUGCCAUCUUGUUUGGUAGAACCGUGGCCAUCAAACCUCCCAAAUGCUGGACUGGAAGAUUUUUAAUGAAUCUCUGGGCUAUUUUCUGUUUGUUUUGCCUUUCCACAUACACAGCAAAUCUAGCUGCUGUCAUGGUUGGAGAGAAAAUAUAUGAAGAGCUCUCUGGGAUACAUGACCCAAAGCUUCAUCAUCCCUCCCAAGGCUUUCGAUUUGGAACAGUUCGGGAAAGCAGUGCUGAAGAUUAUGUGAAGCAAAGCUUCCCAGAGAUGUAUGAAUAUAUGAGAAGGUACAAUGUACCAGCCACCCCAGAUGGAGUGGAGUAUUUGAAGAAUGAUCCAGAGAAGCUAGACGCCUUCAUCAUGGACAAAGCACUCCUAGACUAUGAAGUGUCCAUUGAUGCUGACUGCAAACUACUCACAGUGGGGAAACCAUUUGCCAUUGAAGGCUACGGUAUUGGCCUUCCUCCAAACUCUCCACUGACCUCAAAUAUAUCAGAACUUAUCAGCCAGUACAAAUCACAUGGAUUUAUGGACGUGCUGCAUGACAAAUGGUACAAGGUGGUUCCCUGUGGCAAGAGAAGUUUUGCUGUCACCGAGACUUUACAAAUGGGUAUUAAGCACUUUUCCGGACUCUUUGUGAUGUUGUGCAUUGGCAUCGGCUUAUCUAUCUUAACUACCAUUGGAGAGCACAUAGUAUAUAGGCUGAUCCUACCACGAAUCAAAAAGAAAUCCAAGCUGAAAUACUGGCUUCACACCAGUCAGAGGUUACAUAGAGCUCUAAAUACCUCGUUUGUUGAGGAAAAGCAGCAGCUGAAGACAAAGCAAGUGGAAAAAAGGUCCAACGCAGCGAACAGUCAGCUCAGCGUAUGGAAUACUGCCAACCUGAGCCACUGCAAUCGCCGGAAAUACACCUACAGUGAUGAAGGGCAAAGCCACCUGAAGGUGCACCCCCAUCAGGGGAUCUCCCUCCCUAUAGUGAGGAGAGAGAUUCCCACUUCCUUCACCACCAAUGGGAAACCAGACUCCCUAAAUACUGCUAGGAACUCAGUGACCCAGGAGCUCACUGAGCUGGAGAAGCAGAUUCAGGUGAUUAGGCAAGACCUAAGGCUGGCCAUGAACAGGAAGAACCAACUGGAAGAAUAUCAGAGGACAAACAGGACAGUCGAGUCCUAA